UUAGACGCGUGUAAAGCGUCUAGUGUCGGAGAUAAGAAUAAGUGUCAGUCCUACGUCAGUCUGUAUAUAAUAAACCUCGACCUUCACAACAUACCAUUCCAAUAACAACCACCGCCAUGAUACCCAGAAGCUCCUCAUCAGUUUUGCGCAACAUUGCGCCCGUCCGUUCACGAACGGUUCGAGUGCCCCUACGAGCGUUUUCUACCACACAACCGACAUCCUCUAACGUGGACACGGCAGCAUUCGCCGAGCAACACAUUGCGAAAGGCAUUGGCCGCCUCACCAAGCAUGUUUUCGACGAAGGCAAAGGCACAUUCAUAACCACGGACAAGGGCGUCAAGCUGCUCGACCUCACAUCCGGUAUCGGCGUUGUGAACCUCGGCCACUGCCAUCCCAAAGUCAGCGCCGCCGCUGCCGCACAAUGCUCCAAGAUCACACAUGCUCAGGUCAACAUUGGCUUUAGCUCCGCGCAGAUCGCCCUUAUCAAGGAGCUGAUUCCUAUCCUUCCGCAUCCAUCCCUCGAUACCGUCUUCUUCUGGAACUCUGGCGCUGAGGCGGUCGAGGCAGCUGUAAAGCUUGCCCGCGCUGCGACCAAAAAGCCCAACAUCAUCGUCAUGCAGGGCUCCUACCAUGGCCGCACAAAUGCGACAGCCUCGAUGACUCGCUCCAAGACCAUCUAUGGGGAGGGUCACGGCCCGUUGAUGGGUGGUGUAUUCGCAACCGCUUUUCCAUACUACAGCCAGUUUGGCGGUGCUACUCCAGACACACCAACGGAGGAACUCGUAAACCAGGCAUUGCUACAAUUGAAGCUCACCUUGCAGCAGCAGACAUCCCCUGCAGACACCGCCGCUAUCAUCCUAGAGCCUGUUCUGGGUGAAGGAGGCUAUGUCCCUGCGCCUCCAGAGUUCCUACACGGCUUGAGAAAAAUUUGCGACGAGAAUAACAUCCUUCUCAUUGCCGAUGAGGUUCAGUGUGGCAUGGGUCGCACGGGACACAUGUGGUUUGUAGAGGAGUCUGGAGUGCGACCGGAUGUUCUUAUCUUCGCCAAGGGCAUUGCCAACGGCUUUCCGCUGUCCGGUAUCGCGAGUAGCAAGAAGCUAAUGGACCUCCAGAAGCCUGGGUCGAUGGGUGGCACAUAUGCCGGUAACGCAGUCGCAUGCGCCGCCGCAACAGCGACGAUCCAAGCGUUCCACGACGAAAAGAUACUCGACAAUGUUGCUGCGCGCUCCAAACAGAUCUUCUCCUUCCUCCACGACCUAAAGUCGUCCGGCACCAAAGCAGGCAAUCUAAUCGAAGAUAUCCGCGGAAAGGGCCUGAUGGUCGGUGUACAAUUUUCGAACCCGGAACUGCAACGCGAUUCAUCCAAUACUGCUGCAAGCAACGCACAAAGCCAACCGCAGCUCGGGCCGAAAAUCGUCCAGGAAUGCAUCAAACGGGAUAUGCUUCUCCUCAGCACUUCGGUAUUCGACGUCCUUCGGUUCAUCCCGCCGCUGACGAUUAGUGAGGAGGAAUUGAGUCAAGCUUGUGGCAUCUUCAAGGAGUCGUUGGAGGCUGUUGCUAAGGAUUUGUAAAUUAGUCGGUUAUGUGAGGGGUUGUUGGUCCUACCACCAGCUAGAAGUAGACAGGCGCUACCAGAGGUUUAUACAUAUGAAUGAUGAUUAUUUGCUUUUUGGCCACGGC